AUGCCUGGAGGUACACGACCAAUAUUUUCAGAGGCACGAAGAAUGCAGAACGUACUAAAACGAGAUAGUCGUUUUCGUAUGCAUGUUUAUCAGAAAAAUCCAUGUUAUACAACAUUAAUAUGUGACCACGGAUUACUUUGCUUGGAUUGGCGUGAUAUUUGUGAUGGACGGCAACAGUGUAUGAAUGGAUUGGAUGAAGAAACUUGUGAUCUACUUGAGUUCAAUGAAUGUGACAAGGAUGAAUAUCGUUGUUCUAAUGGAAUGUGUAUCCCAGAUAGUUAUUUUCUAGACGGUGAAUAUGAUUGUAUGGAUGAUUCCGAUGAACAACGACCAUUUAAUCAUAGUGGAUGUGCUUAUCAACCAGAUCCUUUCAAUUGUGAUGACCAUGCAUGUUCAGUAUCAGAAUGGUCGUGUGGAGAUGGUCAAUGUAUUAAGGAACGAAACAGGUAUGAAUGGCAAGAAUUAACUAUACCCAGCUCACAAUGUUAUUCAAUGCGUGAGUAUAUGUUUAUGUGUGAACUGAGUGAGCAAUACAAAUUAUGGACAAUGGUGAAUGGCACAUGUUACCAUUC